GGGCGCUUGUUGUUGCGCCUGAACUUUCACUUCCUGCUUGACAGCGUGAGAUCAAUAAAACUGCAGGAACCGUCGUUACUCUUCACUGGAAGAGAAAGAGAAGCUAAAGAUCUGGAAGGUGUCCUGCUAGACGGGGAAACCCAAACAGAAGAGGAUGCAGCAAUCACUUACAUUUUUCAACUUUUAAUAAAGCCUUGCUCCAAGACACAGACCAAACAUGGUGCAUGUUUACAACUGCCAUCCUUUCUCCUCACAGCAGAUAGUACAGGUGGAGCAGGAGCCUGGACUCAUCUGCUGCGGAGGUGGGGCCCUGUUCGUGGUGGCUACUGGAGGAUGCAAGGUGGAGGCCUAUGAUUUGGAAAAGGAGGGCUGCCCUCUCAUUUGUCGCUUUGCCACCAUGGGCACAGUGAAGAGCAUCCAGCACAGCCGGAUGGGAGAUUACCUGGUGACCAUUGAAGAAAAGAACUGCGCCACCUAUUUGAGAGCAUACACCAACUGGCGCUACCAGGCGGAGGGGAAGGCCCGUGUCGGGGUGCGUUUGUUGGGCCACCUGCUGCGUGGGGCGUCUGUGCGGGGCGGAGUGCAGAUGGAGAUCAUUGAGAUCCCCCUGUCAGAGCGCCCUGUCGCCGUGGCGUGUUGCCCGGUAACAGGAGACCUUCUGGUCGGCUGCGAGAACACUUUGGUUCUGUUUACUUUGAGGAGACAGAACCAGCAGAGCCAGAAUCAAAGUCAGCAGAUGGUUCAGAGCACCUGGACAAACUCUCAGCAGAGAUCCAGUCAAGGUCAGAUCAUGGAUUCAAACCCGAAUUUCCUGGAUUUUGAACGCUCAGUAAUCCUGCAUCUUUCACAAAUGAACCCUAAACAGGUGGCGCUGUGUGGAGAGUAUGUUGCAGUGCAGGGGGAGCUGGAAGUGCUUGUCGUAAAACUGGAGACAUCCUCUGAACCUAAAACCCUGGAAGAAUCAUCAGACACGAAGAAAACAGACCACCUGGAAGACCCGGUUGACUUUCAGGUCCUUCCGAUACACCAAGAGUUGCUUGGUGAUCGAGCUAAAGAGUGCGACAUUGCUGUCAGCGUGGAGAAGACCGGCCUGGAGGACAGUAAAGGACAAUACACACUGUCGUAUGUUCUCUUCAGGCGUUUUACUCCGGACUUCUUCCAGGGCUGCAGUGUGGAGGAGACCCAACUUCACUCCCUACAACUCUACCCGCUGUUCACCGGGAACCAGUCGGUGUCUCUGCAGGAACCAUCCUGCGUAUUCUGCUUCUUCUCCCUCCCCUCCGCCGGCUACCUGUACAGUCUGAAGGGUGGAGUCGAGCUUCUCUCGGCCUAUCAGUAUCCAGAGAAGGUCCUGAAGGCGGUGCUGACAGACUACCUGUUGCACGUCAUUACAAAGAGUGCUUUGCAGUGUUUCACAGUGCGCUGUGCAGCAGUAGCAGCCAGGAUUGAAGACCCAUACAUUGACAGCACCAUGAAGGCCUGUCCACCCUGCAGCAUGGAGGUGUGUGCCCUCCGGAUACAGCUGUUUAUUGGUCUGCGUUCCAUGUGCGUCUACGGCCACCAUGUGAUCCUUCUAUCCGCCGCUGACGCGGAGACAACCGAGGAACCCGAACGCACCACACAGCGCAGAGGCCUUGAGUUGAAAGAGCACACCAUGCUGACUGGUAUUUUCCUGGCGGUGGGAAUCGAUCCCGCAACCACGCCAGCUCUGGAGAGCCUUCUUUCGCGCCCCUUCGUGAGCAGGAAGUGGACAAUCUCUUCCCCCAAACCAGCCAGCACUGCAGGACACGGAUGGAAUCUUUACGUGGUCGACACCGUCUCCCCCCUCACUCUUUACCAGGAGAUGGUCGAAUACAGCCAGCGGUACGCGGAGACCAACCCGCAGGCUCAAAGUCUUCGGCACCUCUUGAGUGAAGCUCACCUCCUCCUGCGAACCUCCUUACUCCAAACUUCAGAGCAGCAGCGAAUCACGGAGGGAGACUCCUCUCUGUCUCCGCAGGCCGGUACAGGCGGGCCGGCUGAGGAACCGGCCGCUGUGCGCACAGACUGUAGAGAACUAGAGGAGGCCUUCAAGCAGAACUGUGCACAGCUGGGAGACUGUUUCAGCAGGGGGAGUCAGAGGGAGUGCCACCUGGCUCUGCCCUACUACAGGAUGUCUGGUUUGUCGGUCACAGAGCUCAUGGCCCGGAACCGGCCACUUCCUGGCAGCCCUCACGCCUACGGCCCCGGCUUCCUCUUCUACCUGAAACAUUACCUGUUUGAAGAAACCGAGCAGAUUCUCAGUCAGGAGGCUGCUGAUGAGGUCAUAGACAUUUUCAGCCAAUCAGAGCCCUCGCAGCUUGUCAGUGUUUGUGCCAGCCCGUCUCUGAUAAACAUCAGUCCAGCCAAGACGUUGCAAAUCUUACAACAUCUGGAAGACACAGCUGGCGUGUCUGUUCCUUUGACAACCACCAUGGCAACCAUGAUGUUGCGUUUGGACGACCUGCCAGAGUACACGCGUCUGAUGGAAAGACACGCAGAGAUGGUGCUGGUGUACGGGUUCAUCGAGGAGCCUAGGAUGCUGCUGCACGGCGGAGAUGGAGGCCAGCACGCACACAUCCGUCCCACAGCAUUGACCCGCCAACUGGCAAAGUCCCAACCAGGACUGCUGGUGGCUGCUGUGGUGGCUUUGCAUGAAAACAACAAAGUCCAGCUGGAACACGCUGAUCACAUAUUCAAGGAGCUGGACUGCGAGAACUGCUUACAGGUGGAUUUCUGGGAGGCAAUGCUCAUGGCGUCCUCACAGGAAACCAUCAUCCAGGAACUUCUGUUCCGAGUGGCGUCCGUCUACAUCGACCGACUGACCAACACACCCUUGGAAACACACACCAACGGACCACACACGCCUGUGAAACGCAGGCCACUGAAGAGCGCCGACGAUCUGAUUAACUCGUGCUCCCAUUACGGUGCUCUGUACCCGUGGCUCAUCGUUCUCAAUCCAGCGCACACAACCAGCUCACAACACCAGGAGGCGCUGUACAAAUUGCAGUCUCUCCUCUGUGGCCCGUCGCUGUCAGUGGCCUCCGUCAUGCCUCUGAUGGAGCGUCUUUCAGACCAAACCUUAUGGGGCUUCAGCCUGCACCUCCUCUGCGCCACCAGGAGGGGGCAGUACGACAGCAGCAUCGAGAAGAUGCUGGACCGAUGUCCUCAGGCCAUCAUAGCCUAUGCCAACCACCACUUACAAGAUAAUCACAUGGUGUUAUGGUGGCAGAAGCUGCUCCCAGAGCUUUGUAACAGGACGAGAGUUGCCGCAGACAACGGCAUCCUAUUAGCUGCUCUCAAAGAGACGCUGGUCGUGGUUGCCAUGGAGACAAGCCCCACAGAGUUCCUGGAACUGAUUCCUGAUGAUGGAGCCGUCUCGUAUUUCCUGCCUCACCUUUUGACAUGUAGCCAGAGACACCUGCUUGCAUGAAACACACACACACACACACCCACCCCCUACAAGACAGAAACUGGCACACCGGCCGAUGUGCCACCCUUCAUGCCAUCUCUCUUUCUUUUGUUUUGUCAGCACUUUGUUCUUAGACAAUCAUAAACAGUUUUUAGUCAUUAGUCAUUCACUGAUGUAUUCUCUUUAUUUAUAACUGACAAUGUAGGUAAAGAAGAUAAUAGAAUAUCUAGGAUACACAACAACAGAAUCCACUAUAACGAGCAAGUCACUCCGCAGCAGAUAUGAAAAUGUCCAUAUCUUUGGGGGGGGGGGGGGG